UCGGGGCGCGCGCGAAACACCCGAGAGAUACCGAAUGUUCGUGACGUGUCAUGGCAGCAAUCGUGUGAUAUGAUAUGCCUCAACUGCCUCUCAAGAGAGAAGAGAGCUGUAUGUAUACGACGUUUGAUCCUUUAAUCCCUAAUGAAGUGCAUUGAAAAAAGUCGAAAUUUAAUGGACAAUUACGCACCCCGAUGAUUAAUAAAUUAAUCAAGUGUAUGAAUUGAGUGAAAUAUUUUUAUAAAUAAACACACAACGAUUGAAACUGCAACGUAGUUACAUAGAGAGACAAUGGCGUGUUCCAUGAAAAAUUUUAUUUUUUUCUGUCUUUUGUGUUUAUUAAAAUGUGCUGUGAGUUUUUACCUGCCGGGAUUGGCACCUGUUAAUUUUUGUAAAGCUGGGGAUGGCACUGGGACGUGUAAAUCCGACAUAAAGCUCUAUGUCAACAGAUUGAAUACAGUCGAGUCCGUGAUUCCUUACGAAUAUCACUACUUCGACUUCUGCAAAGGUGAUGAAAGCCAAUCACCAGUUGAAAACUUGGGUCAAGUAGUGUUUGGCGAACGAAUUCGCCCCUCCCCUUAUACUCUCUCCUUCCUUAAGAACAUGACCUGCGAGAAGCUCUGCACGAAGACAUACGUCGGUGGUGAUGAGCAAUCCGAGAGGAAAUUAGAACGUUUGAAGAAGGGAAUGGCCUUGAAUUAUCAGCACCACUGGAUUGUUGAUAACAUGCCAGUGACCUGGUGUUACCGCUCAGAUGAGGAUAGACAGUACAGGAGAACAGGGUUUCCCAUGGGAUGCUUCUCAAGCGAGAGUCGAUCCCUCCAAGAUACUUGCAGCAUGAACCCAGCCUACAGCAAGCCCAAUAAAUAUUAUUUGUUUAAUCACGUGGACUUGAAAAUCACUUAUCAUUCUGGGGGUUCUGAGGAAUGGGGCAAUACCUUUGGUGAGAAGGGCGGGAGAAUCAUCUCGGUGGAGGUAUCUCCAAGGAGUAUCAAGCAUGAUGAUGCCCGUGCUCUUGAUUGCACCUCCAAAGAACCACUGGAGAUCCGUUAUGAGAAGCUCAAGCCUGGAGAAAAUCUGGAUAUCACGUACAGUUAUUCCGUCAAGUAUUACAGGAAUAACACGAUAAAGUGGUCAUCUCGGUGGGAUUACAUACUCGAGUCCAUGCCUCAUACUAAUAUUCAGUGGUUUAGUAUCCUCAACUCACUGGUCAUCGUGCUCUUCCUCUCGGGCAUGGUUGCAAUGAUCAUGCUUAGGACUCUGCAUAAGGAUAUUGCUAGAUACAAUCAGGCCUACUUUCAGAUUGAAUCUGGUGAGGAUGCACAGGAAGAAUUUGGAUGGAAAUUGGUACAUGGCGAUGUGUUUCGUCCACCUAGAAAGGGAAUGCUGCUCUCGGUAUUGCUUGGCUCAGGUGUACAAGUAUUCUGCAUGACAUUAGUCACACUGGCAUUUGCAUGUUUGGGAUUUCUCUCCCCGGCGAAUCGGGGUGCUCUAAUGACUUGUGCUAUGGUCCUCUACGUAUGUCUCGGAACGCCAGCUGGUUACGUAUCUGCACGAAUAUACAAAAGCUUUGGAGGAGAAAAAUGGAAAUCCAACGUUUUGCUCACUGCUAUGUUAAGUCCAGGAAUCGUCUUCAGUUUAUUCUUCAUCCUCAAUCUUGUAUUGUGGAGCAAGGGAAGUUCAGCUGCUGUACCUUUCAGCACGCUAGUUGCCCUCCUAGCUUUAUGGAUUGGUGUCUCUGUGCCAUUGACUUUCAUUGGAGCAUAUUUCGGAUUUAGAAAACGAGCACUGGAACAUCCAGUGAGAACGAAUCAAAUUCCCCGACAAAUUCCAGAACAAAGUUUCUACACGCAAGCAAUACCCGGAGUCGUAAUGGGAGGAGUACUACCAUUCGGUUGUGUAUUCAUUCAACUUUUUUUCAUCUUGACUUCCCUCUGGUCUAGUCAAAUGUACUAUAUGUUUGGAUUUCUAUUCCUUGUAUUUCUUAUACUUGUCAUUACGUGUUCUGAGACGACGAUACUACUCUGCUACUUCCACCUGUGUGCUGAGGACUAUCACUGGUGGUGGAGGAGUUUUCUAACAUCUGGAUUUACAGCUGUUUAUUUAUUAAUAUACUGCAUACACUUUUUCGUCACAAAAUUGAAUAUUGAGGAUGCUGCCUCAACAUUCUUGUACUUUGGAUAUACACUCAUCAUGGUAUUCCUGUUCUUCCUUCUUACAGGUACAAUUGGUUUCUUUGCUUGCUUCUGGUUCGUCAGAAAGAUCUACAGUGUUGUAAAAGUCGAUUGAAAAUCUAAAAACUCAAACAUCAAAUAUGUGGAAAAAGAAGAAGAAAAAACCUCUCAUUCAGUGUUGAGGCCAUAUUUUAAUCAGUAUUUGGAAGAUUAAAGUACCCAAAAUCUAUGAAUUCUCCUUCUGUUCAUUGGCCUUGUCACAAUAAUUUUCAAUAAAUAAUAGGGCGGAAGAAAAUAACAAACAAACUCUCCUCCUCCUACUCCUCCAUUUCCACUGAAAUCAGAUAAUUCUGUACAAAUCGGCCAUUAAGCUCAUAUCGCCUAUUCAUUAAAAUUGUUUUCAUUCUUUAUGUGUUUACGUUUCUCCAAAUAUAGCUGUUCGUGACAUUGAGACAUUUUUGCUCUACCUUUAGUAAAAUAAAGAUAAUAUUAUAUUAUGAUAAUGCACAUUCUAUAAUUCGUCGACUUUUGUAAAUUAAUGAAACAAAUAAUCACUGUUUCAUCGUAGAAAUAAGAGUGUGAAUAAUAUAAAUAAAAAGAUAUUUGAUAAGUUAUGAAGGUGUGAAAAUUGAAAAUUAAUGUGUUACAAAAAAAUGUACAUGAUAAAAAGGUCUCUUCUAAACUAUCAUCUCAAGUCUCGUAUCAAUAUGAGAAAUGGUAGCCACAUCUAUACUGAUCACCUAUUAGUCACCUCAAUGUCACUUUUGAAAUAAUCUUUCAAUCCCCUCGAGAUAAGAUUGAAUAGUAAAUGACUAAACUAAUUUUUAAAAAUAGGAGGAGUAACAAGACAAAAAUUAAAUAAAGUACUUUCCAAUAUUCA